CCCAGGGUCAACAAGAAAUCACUAUGUCCGUGCCUGAGGGUAGUGACACGCACCACCCCCUUAACCUCUCGGAGCGCUUUGCCAAGCUGUCCUGGUCCCCCACUUUGGGUGGGACAUGGGUGCAGAUAGCCAUCAUCAAGAAAGGGAAAUCAAACCUGGUCGACAGCUCCUUUGCUGGGCACAUCUCUGUGUCCAACAGAUGGUUCAUCGUGACGAACGCCAGCAAAGCCAUUGCAGGGAAUUUGAAGAUUGUGAAUGAGAUGAAUGAUAGCAAGUGUCUGGCUUCCAUCCAUCUGAAUGUAACAGAGCCUGCGCCAACCUCAGCUCUGGUCUCCCAGGUGGCCCUGCUCAGCAACGGGAUGGCAGCAGGGGAGCCCGGAUCUCAGUCCAGCCAUAUUGUAGCGGUGGUGGUGGGGACAGUGGUGGCCUUUCUGGUGUUGGUGUUGGCACUGAGGCCAUGGCAGAGAAAUAAGAAAGCUUGCUGCAGAGACUGGUUCCGCAGCUGUCUUGGCUUCCGUGCCAGAGCCGCCCCGUCCCAGCAGGCCGGCGACGCAAACCCCAUGCAGGAGCUGGCAGAGAUGACGCAGCCGGAGGAUGCCAGCAGUGGGGACCGGUCAGCCGUGAUGAGUGGGAAACUUCUCGGCAGCGCUGAAAUGCUAAACACUGCGGGACUGGAGAGUGGGGAGGAAUGAACCCCGUCCCUCAACAUCCACUCAAUGUGCAGCGGCAGUCAAAAAAGAGCCAAUCUUCAUAUAUUCAAUGUACUUGUUUGAUUCUAAGUAGCUUCAAUGAAGCAUUUGGUCAGUUUCUAGAGAAAUGACUAUUUUCAUGUGAAAGUAGAAUGAAUUAUGUUGUAAAAAUAGAAUGGAUUAAAGAAAUGCUGUAUGUACCUUUAAGCAGAAAUAAGGAAUGUUGAAAUACAGGUGUCAGGAAAAGAAACAUUAAGGCAUAAACAAUGAGUCCACUUAAGCUAAUGGUGGAACAUUAACUGGAGAUCUGUAAAAGUUAGUAAGGAAAUUGAAUAUGUAUGUCUAGCCUCAGGUAAACUUGUCAGUUCUGCUUUCUUUGUCCUCUUGUUAAGUUUGCGCUCUUUUUAUCUGUAUAAAAUAAGGUAGUGUGGGUCUUGCAUGGUGCUCACAUUAUCUGAGUGUAUUAGCAGAGCGCUGUGCUAAUAAACAGAGUGGUCUAACAAA